AUGCCUAGCGACGGCACCUACGCACCAAAAUCCCCCGACCUGUCCUCGUUCUACUCAGCGCCUGCACCUCCGCCACAACCACCUGCUGGCGGUUCCGCCUACCAACCUCUUCCGCAGACGCAACACCCUCAACAGGGCUCUCCAGCGCCAUAUUCAUACCAAGGGCAGCAGCAGCAACAGCAGCAGCAGCAAGCGCAAGCUCAGAGCUACCUUCAGCCCCCUGAACCCUACUACCACCCCUCGUCACCCGGCGCAGCUCCGCCCAGACACCCUUCUCAACCUCACCCCCACUCGCAGCCAUAUCUGCCCCCGUCCCCCCAGAGGUAUCCUGCACAGCCUCCAGCUCCUCACUUCAACCCGAACCCGCAACAGCACCAGGCUCAGCCAUUUUAUCACACCUACGCCGAUCAGCCUUACUCCUAUCCUCCACAGCCACAAGGCUAUCCUCAGCCCCAAGGCUAUCCUCCGAUAGCGGCACCUUUCCCCGGCCAGCAACAGCCCGAGGCUUAUCUCCACACCGAUCAGAUGCCUCCACGGAGGUCCGCACAGGCGGCUCAAGCCAGCCCUGUGAUUGCCCCUUCGCCAGUGAGGACCAAGUUCCCAACCGCGAGGAUCAAGCGUAUCAUGCAGGCGGACGAGGAGGUCGGCAAGGUGGCCCAGCAGACGCCCAUCGCUGUGGGCAAGGCAUUGGAGCUGUUCAUGGUGGCCCUCGUUACCAAGAGUGCGGAUGUGGCCAAGGACAAGAACUCCAAGAGGGUGUCGGCGCAGAUGUUGAAGCAAGUGGUCGAGUCGGACGAUCAGUGGGACUUUUUACGCGACAUUGUCAGCAGGGUUGAGAACGAAGAGAAGGCCGCAAAGAGUGGCGGCCGUGCGAAAGCGGAGAGCGAGAGCGACGAGGAGGUGGCCGACGCGAAGAAGAAGUCCCGAGCAGGAGGAGGGAGGAAGAAGAAGGCUUGA